GGGAACCUUCUCCCUUCCCCAUCACCCCUCCCCUGCCCUUUUCUCUUUUCUCUCUGCCCGCCCACCCCCCCCCCCCCCCCCCCCCCCUUCAUAAAUAAAAUAGCUCUCCAUCUACACAUCUGAGAGAACCCAAAACUGGAUAAUCCUCGAAUCUAACCAAUACCCAUCAAUGGUGACUCUCAAAGGCGGGACCCGGCCGCCGUGGGUGGGCCUAGGAGCGUCGGUUUGGAUCCAAAUAGCAUCCGGAAACGCCUUCAACUUCCCCCUCUACUCCCACUCGCUGAAAUCCGUUCUGGGUUUCAGUCAGCAGCAGCUCACCAUGCUGGGAGUCGCCAACGAUAUCGGGGAAAACGUCGGGAUCCUUCCGGGCAUUGCCUGCAAUAAGUUCCCGCCGUGGGUCGUGCUUCUGAUCGGUGCUGUUUUUUCUUUCUUCGGCUAUGGAGUUUUGUGGCUCGCCGUUAGCCGUACUGUUGAGUCCUUGCCUUAUUGGCUGUUAUGGCUUGCGCUUUGUGUUGCCGCCAAUAGCAAUGCUUGGCUUGGAACAGCUAUACUUGUGACAAACAUGAGAAACUUCCCUCUCAGUCGAGGCACUGUCGCUGGCAUUCUCAAAGGCUAUGGGGGUUUGAGUGCUGCAGUUUAUACUGAAAUUUUCGGCAUCUUGCUUCACAAUUCCUCUUCCAAGCUCUUGUUGUUUCUCAGUCUUGGGAUCCCAAUUCUAUGUAUUCUCAUGAUGUUUGCUGUUAGACCAUGUACUCCCGCUUCUGGGGAAGACACUGCGGAGCACUGUCAUUUUCUCUUCAUCCAAGCUGCCAGUGUCGUACUCGGCCUGUACCUUCUCACAACCACAGUGUUGUAUCAUUUUGUUUCGUUAAGUGCUUUCGUGUCCUACGCAUUUCUUGUUCUAAUGGUGCUACUUCUCAUGGCUCCACUUGCUAUUCCAUUAAAGAUGACAUUAUAUCCCUCGAAUCGAAGUAAGUUGGGAACACUUGGUCAAUCAGUAGAGUCCAUGGACAAAAUGGAACCGUUGCUCACUCAAUCUAUAUCAGCCACAAAUCUUGCAAGUUUUUAUGAGAGUGACAGUGUUUCAGAUGUGGAUAUGCUUCUAGCUGAGGGAGAGGGGGCAGUGAAGAAGAAGAGAAGGCCGAAAAGGGGGGAGGAUUUCAAGUUCCUUGAAGCUUUAAUAAAGGCGGAUUUCUGGCUUCUGUUCUUGGUUUACUUUGCUGGUGUUGGUUCAGGGGUUACUGUUUUAAACAACUUGGCUCAGAUAGGAAUAGCUCAAGGUGCUCAUGAUACGACGACCCUAUUAUCUCUAUUCAGCUUCUGUAAUUUCGUGGGGCGUCUCGGCGGGGGUACAGUUUCUGAACAUUUUGUCAGGUCAAGAACCAUCCCAAGGACAAUUUGGAUGACAUUCACUCAAAUAAUAAUGAUCCUAACAUACCUCCUCUUUGCUUCUGCACUUGACGGUACACUCUAUAUAGCAAUUGGGGUACUUGGAAUCUGCUACGGCGUUCAGUUCUCUAUUAUGGUCCCAACUGCCUCUGAGCUUUUUGGGUUGAAGAAUUUCGGAAUAUUUUUCAACUUCAUUUCACUGGGGAACCCACUUGGUGCUCUCCUCUUCUCUGGUCUCCUUGCUGGUUUCGUAUAUGACAAUGAAGCAGAAAAGCAGCACAGUACUUCGUGCUUGGGUCCAAAUUGCUUUAGACUUACAUUUCUGGUUUUGUCUGGCGUUUGUGCUAUAGGCACAGUACUUAGCGUAGUCUUGACUAAGAGAAUUAAGCCUGUUUACGAUAUGCUCUAUUCCGGGGGAUCCUUCAAGUUGCCUCAAAGUUCAAGUCAUUGAGAGAGGAGAAUUGACAUGUCGAGUUGAAGGGUUUUGGGAGAGCAAGGUGAUGGAGUGCAGUUUUGUGUUUGCUUCAUGAGCCUUGGUAAAGUACUUGUUUCUUGGACUUAGCGUGGUUAAUCGUGUGUAAAACCACCACAUAAACGUCGGAUCAUUGCACAUGUAUUUAUAAUUUGUGCUUAUGAUCCUUAUUAUUUUGUGCAUACCGAUGCUCUGGACUAUCAAUGAAGGAAGUAUGAUAAUGUGCACAUAAAUUGAUUUGGGUCUCUAGGCCUGUCCUCUCUGAUGCCAUUUGGCUUUGAUUUGGGGGUAUGGUUCUACAACAAAACGUCCCUGUAGCUCCUCGGUUCUUGGAGGUUAGGGGGGCCACUGUUUCAGUGGUAUUCUGAGAGUAGCCACUUUGUGCAUAUAUUGCCAAAGGUUAGGUCUGUCUCCAAUCAUCCCCCGCCCAUACCCCCAAUGAUUGGAGACUAGAUGGGUUAUGUUAUGUUGUUGUUGGUGUUGUUGCUUAUGAUCCUUAUUAUAAUGCUAAAGCUUGGAGUUUGGGUAACUUUUUGUAUCUCGGGUUUGAGCUAUCUAGCACCUUUUGUUCCUAGGUUGUAUGGAACAUUGUCGAAAUCUAAUCUUAACUUUUCUGUUUAUCUGA